UAAAACCCUAUUCCUUCUUCCCCCAUCCCCGAUCUCCUCUUCCCUCAGUUGUCGCCCCCCCACUUCUCCGUCGCCCCCUUCAUCCCACACACAAAGGCCGCCGCGAGCCAUCGCACCGAGCAGCCAACGCCGUUGUCGACUACCACCGCCUUAAGCUAAAACCCUAAGGUUUUUGGUUGACCAGUUCAGGCGCUCUCUCUCUCUGUGUGAAGAAGAACAAGAAUGACCAAGUUCAGGAAGCUAAGUCGACCUACGGGUCACCGAAUGUCCAUGCUCAGGACAAUGGUGUCCCAAUUGGUGAAGCACGAGCGCAUCGAAACCACUGUUGCCAAGGCAAAAGAAAUUCGGCGCCUUGCAGAUAAUAUGGUGCAGCUUGGAAAAGAGGGUUCCCUCUGUGCAGCUAGGCGCGCUGCUGCUUUUGUGCGAGGUGAUGAUGUCAUUCACAAGCUAUUCACCGAACUGGCUUAUCGAUACAAAAAUAGAGAAGGUGGAUAUACAAGACUGCUACGGACUCGUAUUCGAGUUGGUGAUGCUGCCCCGAUGGCAUAUAUUGAGUUUAUUGACCGAGAUAAUGAACUUAGGCAAGCAAAGCCCCCAAAUCCUCAACCACCUCAGAAAGCGCCCCUCGAUCCCUGGACAAGAUCUAGGGUCAGCAAGCAGUUUGCACCACCAAAAGAGGAUAUAUCGGAGUCUUGAGAUAUGAAAGUCUCAUGCUGUAGAGCCGCAUGUUAUAACAGAGAAAUUUUGUUUCAUACUUGAGUAGCGUGGAGCCAUGGCUUUAUUUAAUUGAGUGCUUUACGGUUUUGAAUAAAUGUGGUGUGUAAACGGUAGCUAAACAAUUAUCAAUUUAGCUGUUUCUGUGUUGAGUUUUGCAUUGAAA